CCUGCUCUUUCUCUCUCUCUUAUUUAUAUAUAUAUUUUUUUAUAUAUAUAUAUAUACAUGACAACUGUAUAGAUCUAUAUAUAUAUAUGUGUAUAAGCAACAUUUUUUAAGGAGGACAAAAGGGAUCUCUUCCUUGUUGUGAAUCAAGAAUCUGAGAAGAUGACAGGUUACGUCGAUGAUGGAGGUCACCAGUCUCAGCCUCAGCCUCAUUCUCACAUCGACGUAACUGGUGAGGAUGGAGAGGCGGCAGCAGAAGAGAGCCCCAUUGAGCAAGUUAGGUUGACGGUUUCAACCUAUGAUGAUCCUUCUUUGCCUGCUUUGACAUUCAGAACAUGGUUUCUCGGCAUAUUGUCGUGUGUUCUUCUGGCUUUUGUGAACCAGUUCUUCGGUUACCGUCAGAACCAGCUCUAUGUCUCAUCUGUUUCUGCUCAGAUUCUUGUUCUCCCAAUUGGGAAGUUGAUGGCUGCAACACUACCCAAAAAGGCCGUCACCAUACCUCUGACUGGCUGGUCCUUUUCGCUCAAUCCAGGCCCUUUUAAUCUCAAAGAGCAUGUGCUUAUCACCAUCUUUGCCAAUUCUGGUGCCAAUGGUGUUUAUGCAGUUAGUAUCAUCACAAUUGUCAAGGCAUUUUACAGAAGGAGUCUUCAUCCUGUUGCUGCCUUUCUUCUAUCCCAAACCACUCAGAUGCUUGGAUAUGGUUGGGCUGGUUUGUUCAGAAGGUACCUUGUUGACUCUCCAUACAUGUGGUGGCCUGCAAAUCUUGUCCAGGUCUCUCUAUUCAGGGCAUUGCAUGAAAAUGAAAAGAGACCAAAGGGUGGACACACAAGGCUGCAAUUCUUCUUCUUGAUUUUCAUAUCAAGCUUUGCAUACUACACCGUUCCAGCCUAUCUUUUCCCUUCAAUAUCAACAAUUUCCCUUGUCUGUUUGAUAUGGAAGAAGUCUGUAACAGCACAGCAGAUUGGUUCUGGUUUCAAAGGCCUUGGAGUUGGCUCAUUUGGCCUUGAUUGGUCCACAGUUGCAGGGUUUCUUGGCAGUCCUUUAGCCACACCGGGAUUCGCUAUCAUUAACAUCUUAGUAGGCUUCUUCUUGUUUGUUUAUGUGGUUAAUCCCAUUGCUUAUUGGUCUAACUGGUAUGAAGCCAAGAAGUUCCCAAUCAUUUCUUCCCAUACUUUUGACUCAACCGGCCAACCCUUCAACAUUUCCAGAAUAUUAAAUGAGAAGACUUUCCACAUUGACCUUAAUUCUUAUAACAGUUACAGCAAACUCUAUUUGAGUGUCUUCUUUGCCCUCAGUUAUGGGUUGAGUUUCGCUACUUUAAUGGCUACUAUUUCACAUGUUGCUCUCUUCCAUGGAAAGACAAUUUGGACUAUGUGGAGCAAGACAACAGCUGAAAAAGCUAAGAAAGCUACUGAUAUACACUCAAGAUUGAUGCAGAACUAUGAUGCAGUCCCUGAUUGGUGGUUUUAUUCCAUCUUGAUCAUCACAUUUGCUCUUUCAAUAUUUGCUUGUGAAGGUUUUGGUAAACAGCUUCAACUUCCUUGGUGGGGUCUUCUAAUGGCUUGUGGAAUUGCUUUUUUCUUCACUUUACCAAUUGGGAUUAUUCAAGCCACAACAAACAUGCAACCAGGGCUUAAUGUCAUUACAGAGUUGAUCAUUGGUUACAUAUACCCUGGUAGACCUUUAGCCAAUGUGGCCUUUAAGACCUAUGGCUAUAUCAGCAUGACACAAGCUCUCAUGUUCCUUGGUGACUUCAAAUUAGGCCAUUACAUGAAAAUCCCACCAAAAUCCAUGUUCUUAGUUCAGCUAGUUGGCACAGUCAUUGGCUCAAGUGUCUACUUUGGCACAGCAUGGUGGCUGCUCUCAACCGUCGAUCAUAUUUGCGAUACAGACUUGUUACCUGAUGGAAGUCCAUGGACUUGUCCUGGUGAUGAUGUUUUCUACAAUGCCUCAAUCAUAUGGGGAGUAGUUGGACCACUCAGAAUGUUCACCAAACAAGGUGUCUACCCAGAAAUGAACUGGUUUUUCCUCAUUGGCUUACUCGCACCGGUCCCAGUCUGGAUUCUGUCUCGCAAGUACCCCAACCAGAAGUGGCUGCUGCUGAUAAACAUGCCCAUCAUCCUUGGUGCAACAGGGUCAAUGCCACCAGCUAGAGCUGUCAACUACAUCACAUGGGGAGCUGUUGGUAUCUUCUUCAAUUUCUAUGUCUACAAAAGGUACAAGGGUUGGUGGGCAAGGCAUAACUACAUCUUAUCAGCUGCUCUUGAUGCUGGUGUUGCUUUCAUGGGAAUCCUUCUCUACUUCACUCUUCAAUCCUAUGAUGUCUUUGGCCCAAAUUGGUGGGGUUUGGAGGCUGAUGAUCAUUGUCCUUUGGCCAAGUGCCCCACUGCUCCUGGUGUUGUUAUGGAGGGUUGUCCUGUUUUCUGAUCUAGUACAUGUUUGGUUUUCAGGUUGUACAGUUAUUUUAGUUAAUGCUAUGCUCUCAGACUACAGAAUUUGUUUGCUUUCUGUUUUUUUAUUUUGCUGGUUUGUUUUCUGAUUAUUGUAUUGAAUAAUGAUUGUUCAUAAUGAAGAUCAUUUUUCAGUGUUCAGAUUUCAAUAUUAAAGAGUUCAGAGUUUGUCUUGGCUUUA